AUGUCAGAGUUGAACUUAUCUAAAGGAGACUUGCAAGAACUUUGCCGUGCAUUUGGUGUGUCUACCGAUGGUGUAAAAGUGGUCCUAGUACAAAGGUUAAAACAACUUUCAAGCAAAGUAGGCCAAAACCCAAAUAGUGUUAAAGAAACUGGUGAAACAAGCCUGGGAAAUUGUGACGCCGAUGACCAAGGAGAUCAUGUGAUUGAGGUGGAUGAUUUUGAUAUCAGUUCAGUAGCACAAUCUUUAAAGGAACUAGCUUACCAAACAAAAGGGAACUUUAAGCAACCACCCUUGUCAAAUGAGAUUGCAGAACCAGAUAACCCUUAUGCAAAUACUGAAGAAUGUACUAACCGAAACAAAUGGCAUUAUCAGGAAAUGGAAUUCAAUAACCCAUUAGGAAAUUUG